AUGUCGAACACAACAUCUACUAGUAUAAUUUCCACACUGGCAAUAGUUACAUUUGGAAUAAAUCGCUAUUUUUCAAUAGCUAUUCUUUUAUUUGGUACGAUUGGAAAUGUUUUGAAUUUGUUUAUAUUUCAUCAACCUAAACAUCGAACGAAUCCAUGUGCUGUCUAUUUUUAUUAUGCGUCUAUUGCUGGUCUCAUUGCUCUUUAUUCAGGUUUAAUCAGUCGAGUUUUUGCUACUUUUUCACUUGAUAUGUCAGCAACUGAUGCUACAAUUUGUAAAUUGCGUGCAUUCAUUGUUUGGGUAUCAACAACGGCUUCAUCUUGGCUUUUGACUUAUGCUACUAUCGAUCGAUAUUGUAUAAGUUGCCGUGAUGUACGUCGUCGAAAUCUAAGCAAUCUUCGUUUCACGCGCAGAUUAAUGAUCUUUGCUAUUAUUGGUGGAUCGUUGAUAUUUGCUGAAACUUUCUAUUGUUAUGUACCAAAUCUUCGAAAUUCUCCAUUGACAUGUUAUGGUCAAGAUAUGGCAUGUCGUUUGUACAAUGAAAUUGCUUCAGCACUCGCAUUCCUUUUUAUACCAUCAACGAUUAUGUUGAUAUUUGGAUAUGCAACUGUACUAAAUGUAAGAAAAUUACUUAGCUCAAUUGCACCAACAGCUAGUACACAUGGCACAACAAUGACAAUGAAGAAAACAGAUCGACAAUUAAUUCAAAUGUUAAUUGUUCAAAUUAUUCUAUUAACGAUAUUUAAUAUUCCAUUGGCUAUUCAACGUCUCUAUUUGACAUUGACGUUGAAUGUUUCAAAAAGUUUAUUGAUGUCUACAAUUGAAAAUCUUUGUUUUCAGCUAUUUUACCUUCUGAGUUUUAUGAGUUUUGGAAUGCCAUUUUAUAUUUAUACAUUAACUGGAACCGUGUUUAGAGAUGAAUUUAUGAAAUUAGUUCGACUUGUUUACCGAAAAAUGAGAAUAGCAACAGCUUAA